CUUGCGGAGUAAUGCAACAACUUUGGUUGUCGAGCAAGUGCUUGCUUUAGCUCGUUUUUUUACAGCUUUCUGGAGAAUAUUUUUAAGUGACAGCCUUGGUGUUGUCUUCAAAAUGCUUAACUGGAAGGUACUUUCCCUUUGCCUGAGGAGUUGAAGUCGUUGCCGAGUAUCCUUUUAAGCGUUUCAGUCACUUGCUAUUAUCAAAACAAGAGUGUCAUGUGGGAGUGAGCGGUUGUUGAUGAGCAGUCAUGCUUGCUACCCAAACAACAGAAACGGGCCCGGACACCAAAGACGUUAAACAGUGGAUCAAGGAGAAGAUCGCCCAGACCAUCAAGGCCCUGCAGAAGCGCUACGUGGCGUCGGACACGGCGGUGACCAGCGAGGAUGCCGAGGCCAACCUGCUGUGCUGCGCACUCGAGGCCGUCUUCAUCCACGGCAUCAAGGGCAAGCACGUCAAGUCGGAGGUCGGGGGUCGCGGGAGGAAAGGCGGCGGCGGCAGGGGCGGUGCCCUCCCCCAGCCGGACUUCUGGGGGCUGCUCAAGUCUGUCACUCACAGAGAUGUGAUCCUGGAGCUGGAGGGGCUGAGCUUCAUCAGUUCUGGCGUGGGCCGGUGCCGGGCCUGGGUCCGCCUGGCGCUCAACGACGGCCUGCUGGAAUGCUACCUGCUCUCCCUGCUGAGGGAGAACUCCAAGCUCGCCGGGUAUUACCAGCAGGGUGCGCUGCUGCUGGACGCUGAGGACCGCGAGGUGCUGCUGAGCCUCCUCCAGGGCCUGGCGUCGCUCUCCUUCCAGCUCUCCUACAAGUCGGCCGUGCUCAACGAGUGGACCGUCACGCCGCUGGCGCUCGCCGGGCUCUGCCCUCCGCCCGCCGCCAUCGACCAGACGCCCCACGCCAACGCCCACGCCAACUCCAACUCCGCCAGCAGCAACGGCAAGCGCAAGGAAUCCUGGGACACGGCCUCGCAGUCGUCGGGGGGCUCCGACGUGGCGGUGGGGGUGGGGGUGGUGUCGGCGGGACGCGGAGGAGGCGGGGGGGUGACCGGGGAAGGCGUGGCGGAGAUGAGGUCAUCGAACUUGAGUCUGGACACCACGGGCUCGUCGCAGCUGUCGUCCAGCCUGAGCUCGGACAGCCUCCUGCAGGGGUGCCCGGAGAGGGACUCGUGGGAGAUCGGCCACGCCGACGCUAAGAAGCCUUACAGAGAAGAGAGCACGACGUCCAGUCAGGACUCCAUGAGAGAAGACUCCUACAUCUCCGGCCUCACCGGCGACCAUCUGUCUGAGAGCACGGCCUUCAGCAGCCUGGACAACGACACACACACACACACACACACCCCCGCUACCGACACACACCUCCCGUCGUCUCCUCACACCCACACACCGGACCCCGACUCCCACCUCACACACACCCUCAACACACACCUGACGCCGAUGCCCACGGCCGCCGACGAUCACAGCACACACACACACAUUCGCGACGUCGUGUCGGUCACUGACACUUCAGCGGAAGAUGUGUAUUUUACACACACCCCGGCCAGGGACACACACCAGUCGCCCUUGGAUAGCAAGGACGCUCCGCUCUCCUCGACCCCCGCAAGUGACCCCUGCGUCAAAGACGCACACCUCGGGCAGACUUCAGCGGCCGACGCGCAGGUCGCGCACACACACGCGCACGGCACGGACGCAGCCACCGCACACACGCCUACCGCCGGCUACGCAUACCUGCAGGUGGAGCGAAGCACUUUAACGGACACGGAGGUGGAGGUUCUGAGACCGAUCAAGCGCGACAGGAGCCCGAUGCGACGGAAGCGUUCCCCCGAGGCUGCGGCGACGACUCCCACCCCAGCGGAAUCUGCCGUUACCACAGCGACGACCUCUGACCCCGAAAAGGACGCGGAGAAGCCCGAUGCGCCCACGGCGCCAUCCCCUAGCCCAGCAGAGCCAGCGGUGUUUCCACGGCGAUCAGGAAGCACCAUGAGCAGGCGUAGAUCAACAGAUAUGGGCCCCACUUCAUGGAUCUCGGAGGAUGACUUCUACAAACCGGAGACGGACGAGUACGGCAGUCUGACGGAUCAGCCCACCUUUGGCGCGCCGCUGACCAACGGCUCUCUGUCCCCGCCGCCAGAACCGGAAACCCCCCAGGUGGCCCCCAGCGUGGUCCACCGCAGACAUAAAGGUCUGUCCAACCCGUUCCGUGGGCUGCUGAAGCUGGGUGUUCUGGAGAAGCGCAGCGCGGUGGGCAUGUGGUGGGAGCACCACUGCGAGCUCUCGCCCUUCGAGCUGCGCCUCUACCUGGACCCCGAGGAGCGCGCCGCCUGCGACAACUCCUCCCUGCUGCGCUGCGAGGAGGCCCGUCUCCACGGCGACGGCGAGGGCGGGCGCUUCGUGCUGGCCUUCGCCGGCGGCAAGCGGCUGCACCUGCGGGCGGGGACGCGCGGCGAGGCCGAGGACUGGGUGGAGCGCGUGCAGGAGGCCGUGGCCAAGAUCCGCCCGGCGACCGCCGCCGCCCGCCUCCGCCACCAGCAGCAGCAGCAGCGCCACGGCAACCGGAGCCCCAACGACGACGACGAGUGGGAAGUGCUCCGCGCGUCCGGGAGGCACUCGGACGGCGAGACGCCCACCAACACGACCACCACCACGCCGUCAUCGUCCUCGACGCCCGCGUCCACCCCGGCGAGUCCGGAACACGCCGCCCGGGGACCCCUGGCCCCCACGCCCGCCCCUCCUCCUCCUCCUCCGCAACCGCUCGCUCUGGACUGGGCGCGACCCGCCGACCCGGAACCGGACGCCAUCAAAGAGGCCGUGGUGUACCAGCUGGUGCCCUCGCUCUCGCCCUUCCCCCCCCAGACGGAGGACUGGACGCAGCUGCUCCUCUCGCUGUCCCUGGAGGCGCUGAGCGGCUUCCGUUGGCACGCCGACCACGCGGCGUCCAGCCCCGACGACGACAGCGAUGCAGACGGAGGUGACGGAGGAGGAGGAGGAGGAGGAGGAGGAGGAAGUGGUCACAAGGCGCCGCUAUUCCGCCACGCCAUCCAGACGGUGCGCGACGUGGUGCCGGACGCGGCCCGAGGCGGGCCCGAGUUCUUCAAGGUCGUGACCUCCGGCGGGGUGACCUUGACCCUGCGGGCGGAGAGCGGCGAGGAGGCGCGCGCCUGGAGGGGGCUGAUCCGCGGAGCGCUGGACUCCUACCUCGACACCGAUGAGGAGGAGGAAGUGAUGACGGCGGAGGGGGCGGGAGGAGGAGGAGGAGGAGUGGGAGGAGCUAGCGGCGGCGGCAUCAGCGCUGUGGGGGCGUGGCUUGCGCAGGGAAGCGUGCAGCGAUUGGUCCAGCACCGGCUGAAGGGCGACGCGGCAGGGUUGCUGCCACACCUGGGCACCGUGCCGACCGAGAGAGGGCUGGACGCCCAGAGCUUCAGAUGCGCAGGCUGUAGUAAGAAGAUCGGUGUGUCCAUGGGCAAAGCCAAACUCUGUGAGUUCUCCGCUCAGUACUACUGUGAGUCCUGUCACCGCGGCGACGCCAUUGUCAUCCCCUCGCGCUUGGUACACAACUGGGACCUGACGCCACGAGAGGUCUCCAAACAGGCCUUGAAGCUGCUUGGCCAGAUUGAGCACGAGCCAUUGCUCAACCUUGACCUCCUGAACCCUGACCUUUACGAGCACUCUGAAACCAUGGCGACCGUACGGUCACUGCGGCAGAAGCUCCGUCUCCUCGGCGACUACGUGCUCCUGUGCCGCAGCGGGAUCAAGAAGAAGCUCCAGGCCAAGCUCAAGCAGAGGAGCUACCUCCUGGAGUCCGACCAGAUCUACAGCGUCGAGGACUUACGUCAGAUAGCGGAGGGGCAGUACCAGCCCGUCCUGCAGUCGCUGGUCCUGCAGUCGGCCGGACACGUGCAUGACUGUGAGCUGUGCACCCAGCGAGGCUUCAUCUGCCAGAUCUGCAACGCCGACGACAUCAUCUUCCCCUUUCAGUUUGAGACCACUAGCAGGUGUAGGGGCUGUAAGGCGGUGUUCCACUCGUCCUGUCGAGAGGACAGCCCCACGUGUCCUCGCUGCGUCCGUCUGCAGAGGUACCUGGAACGAGACCUGCAGGACUGAGGAGCACUGCUGCUCUGUGGGUCCCUCCAGGCUUGCCGUACCCUCCUCCCUCCCUCCCUCCCUUCUGUCUGGGAGAACAGAAUGGACGGACCAGCACCGAUGUUCUCUUCUCACCCUGAUGCUCACAGAGCUGUCAGCGCCAAGGACCAGGAAAAGGAGUCGAGGACGAGGUGCUGUUUGUCCCUUUCUGCCUCCCUUAGCCGAGUUGAGUUGGACUGGAGGACGAAUGUCACUGCUUAACAGAGGGCCUCUAGAGUGGUCAUCUUAGUCACAAGUGCUCUUAUUUUACGCACACACACACACACACACACACACACACACACACACACACACACACACGCACACACAUGUACGUGCACCACAAGCAGGAGGUGCACACUCUGCUUGUGCUGUUGAACUAGAUGAACUCUAACAGUGGUGUGUCUUGGGACCAACACUAUCACUUUUGCACUUUUGCUGGGAGGCUUCUGUAGUUGCCCUCGGCGACGACACCAUGGCGACCGAUUAGCACCGAGUGUGUGUGUGUGUGUGUGUGUGUGUGUGUGUGUGUGUGUGUGUGUGUGUGUGUGUGUGUGUGUGUGUGUGUGUGUGUGUGUGUGUGUGUGUGUGUGUGUGUGUGUGUGUGUGUGUGUGUGUGUGUGUGUGUGUGUGUGUGUGUGUGUGUGUGUGUAUCUAAAGAGAGCCGGUCACUCUUCAGGUGCCGAGAGACCGCUACUCACUGCUACACAACAUCAACACGCCUCAGUGCUCUGUCAAGACCACAGUCUGUCCUGAGGGUCGGUCUCUCUCUCUCUCUCUCUCUCUCUCUCUCUCUCUCUCUCUCUCUCUCUCUCUCUCGCGACCUUCUGCUGACCUCUGCCACCACAUGAAGGUCAACGGGGCCUUCUUUGCCAAGGACCGAAGGACAAUUCGCUGUCUAUUCCCCUCUUUCUCUCUCGCCUGACCUUCAGUUGACCUCUGCCGAAGGUCAACGAGGCCUUUCUUUGCCACGGACUGAAGGGUUCUUUAUUUAAGAAAAGAAAAAAGAUGAGGUCUGGCAUCACUUAAUCUUGUUUGUUGAAGUUGAAUUUGAUUUUUUUUUUUUUUUUUUUUUUAACUCUCUGGUUUAGUUUCUUCUCUCCUGUUGAAGCAUAGAACCUCUACAUUAUUUUACGCUGGCAUAGCCAGGCAGUAAUCAUGUUUACAAGACAAAGAGCCAUUCACAUCAGGAACAAUAACUGUAAUCAUAACGAUAUUAGUGCCGUUAUCGUUGUAGUUCAUGUGUGGACUUUGUCAUUCAUUGUAGCUAGAGCGAUACUUACGCUACUCACAAAAAGUCAGGGAUGUUUGGCUUUCGGGUGAAAUUUCAGGAUGAACCUAAAAUCGACUAUAACCUUUACAAGUCAAUUUGAUGUGACCAUCUCUAAACGCUUAGUUCAGUGUUUCAGUACUUUCUAUACUGCAGCCAGAUAUCCCUACCUUUUUGUGAGUAGGGUAUAAGCUGUCAUCUUUCUUGCACUCGUUCUUGGUGUGAAUGGCCCUUAAGACUAAGACCCAGACUAACACAGCCUGGUCAGUCUUCAGUGCUUUUCUCAACGUGAUGGCUUCUUUGUACGAGACCAGGACAGUGGCCUCUCUGAGUCGAGCCAGCUCGAGGAUGAGAACAGUGGCACUGGACUCGUAACCAUGGUGAUGCAUAAACUCUUCUGUGCCUUUCUCAGUCGUCGAUCCGUCACGGAGAAUGUUCACUUGGACUUGACUGGAGUCUUUUUCACGGAUAUCUGCAUGAGGUGCCAAAUAAGUCCGCCAUCGACGGAAAAGAGUUUGUAUAUACAUGAUAGGACUUCAAUAUUUAUUGCUGCCUCUGUCUAUGCUACACGUUUGACUGUUUUAUUUGUGUUUGUUUGUUUGGGAGAACAAAACAGGAGAUAUUUUAUGUUAGUAGCUCACUAUAUCCUGUUUUUGUAAUAUCUGGAGCAAAAGAAAAAGUUCAACACACACACACACAGACACACACACACACACACACAGACACACAGACACACAGACACACACACACACACACACACACUGCUCUCUUGCCAGGACAUGAUGAUGAUGAAGAUGGAGAUGAGUAUCCCUCAACAUGGAUGAUUAAAGCCUUGUUGCCCUGACGACUCAUUUCAGAGGGCACUGCUUAAUACCAAAGUCCAUCUAAAUCCUGUAGACUUCCGCGGCCGAAUCGUUGUAAAGAGGCGAGCAAGAGACUGAAGGAGACAGAAGCAAGAAGGUGAAGAUAGAUUAGAAGGAUUUGUUUUUGUUUGUUUGUUUUUUUCUUUAUCUUUAACUCUAGUUGUCAGUGCCAUGUUUUUGCACUUUAAUGAGAAGCUUACGGUGUCGUUUGAACAGAGAACUGAACACACAAACACUCUCACAAACGCACACACAUGCAUUCACACACUCUCUCACACACUCUCUCACACACAUACAGUAAAUGCACGCACGCACACACACCAUCAGAAGGUCUUUCAGAGGUCUUUGUGACCUUUCUGAACUUUCUGAGUGUGGCAGACUUUUCAAAUGCCUGUAGAUACUAUUUACAAAUCUUGAAUUGCAAUGCUUGUUGUGCUGUCACACAGUUGUAUGUAAUGUAAGUAUGUAAGUAUGUAUUUCUGAAUCUGAAUGUAUGUAUGUAUGUAGCUGUGUGCAUAUACGAAUCUGUACAUGUAUGAAUGAAUCUAUGUGUGUUUUUAAUACUUUUUUUUUUGUUUUGCUGAUAGCCCCAGAAGGACUUUUUGCCUCAUGUUGCACCACUUAAUCAGGCCCAGUAGAUGGCGCUAAAGGCUACUUUUCUCUAAUAACUCAACUGGAUCUACUGAGACAACAGAUUGGCGUGUAGCUCUCUUAAGUUUUACAGUGUAAACUUUACUUCUUAUUUGCAUUGUUAUUUUCUAUUUAAUGAGUGUGAACAUUAGUUAAAUUGCUUACUUUUGUUUCCACAGAGAAACAAUAGCUGUCAGACCGCUUGAUCAUAGCAUUAUGCAUCAUUAUAAAGAAGUUCAUUUCAAGCGCACAGGUGCAUUCUGAGAGUUCCCUGAUGAAAAAAAAACACAGAGGUCAGAGGUCAAAUAUUAUUCAGGCUGAAGCUCUAGCUGCCACAUCUCUCUGGGUGCCUCUCAACAUCUCUCCUCGAUCCUCGAGGGGCGUUCCCACUGAUCUGUAACUAAAACUGGAUAGACUAUCCCAUUGUUGCCGCCCCAUCAUUCUUUAUGUAGAUCAGUGAGGAUCGAGGCCCGAGGAGCGACGGAGGACGUAUAAACGCUGAAUGAGAGGCACCCUCUGCCUCUGCAUCUGCUGGAUUCUGCCCACAUCCAGGCCACAUCUGAGCCAGAUGUGGUGUGUGCGUGCAAGCGUGCGUCCGUGUGUAUGUGUGUGUGAGGACAUACGUUAGUGCACACACUCAUCACCAGGAUACCUGUGUGUGAUUGAGCACUCGGGGUCGUUAACGACAUGACACAGGCAUACAAGUGCUUAAUGAGAUGCAGACUAUGGAGAUGAUCAUACUGAUGAUGAUGAUGAUGAUGAUACAAUGACGAUGAUUAAAUCGUGUAUAAACUA